AUGCCCAGAAUGGGGAGCAGUGUGAAGAGACUGACCAGCCAGCAGACUUACCCUCAGCCCGCCUGCCUUUACGCCGCUGCUCCGCCGAAUGUGCAGGAGGUCCGCCUGGAGCCGCAGCAGCAGCAACAACAACAACCCGGUAGCGCCGGCCCGUCCUCCAGCAGCAAGCUGAAAAGGCAGCGCUGCUGUUCGCCUGAGUUACUGCGCUGCAAGAGGCGCCUGAAUUUUAGCGGUUUCGGCUACAGUCUCCCCCCGCAGCAGCCGGCAGCCGUGGCCCGGCGGAACGAGAGGGAGAGGAACCGGGUGAAGCUGGUUAACCUGGGCUUCGCCACCCUCCGGGAACACGUCCCGAACGGCAGCGCCAACAAGAAGAUGAGCAAAGUGGAGACGCUGCGCUCGGCGGUGGAGUAUAUCCGUGCGUUACAGCAGCUUCUGGACGAGCAUGAUGCAGUGAGCGCGGUUUUCCAGGCCGGCCUGCUCUCCCCCACUCUCUCCACCGAGAUCAACUCCAUUGCCAGCUCUCCUGUGUCCUCCUGCUCCUCUGAGGAAGUACCGAGCGAGCCUCUGAGUCCUGAGGAACAAGAACUCCUAGACUUUGCCAGCUGGUUUUGA